GAUGGCCGGAGAAGGCAGCAACGCCGACUGGAUGGGCUCCCUGCCGCCCGCCCUCAGUGCUCUGCCCCUUUCCAACCUGGCGAUCCCAGGAUCACAUGACUCUUUCAGCUACUGGGUUGAUGAGAAAUCCCCUGUGGGGCCAGAUCAAGCCACAACCAUUAAACGGUUAGCUAAAAUUUCUUUAGUAAAGAAGCUAAUGAAGAAGUGGUCAGUGACACAAAACCUGACAUUCAAGGAGCAGCUUGAAAGUGGAAUCCGCUACUUUGACCUUCGUGUAUCUUCCAAACCAGGUGAAGCUGGACAGGAGAUCUACUUCAUACAUGGCCUGUUUGGAAUCAGAGUAUGGGAUGGGCUGAUGGAGAUAAACACCUUCUUAACGUAUCACCCAACGGAAGUGAUCUUCCUGGAUUUCAACCAUUUCUAUGCUAUGGAUAAUGCCCAUCACGUGUACCUGGUCAGCAGGAUCCAAGAAGUAUUUGGAUUAAGGCUUUGCACAAAGGAGUGUGUAGAAAAUGUGACAUUGAACUACCUCUGGGAAAAGAAACAGCAGGUGCUUAUUUUCUACCAUCAUCCUCUCUAUGAAGAAUACCCCUUUCUGUGGCCAGGGAAUAAAAUGCCAGCACCAUGGGCAAAUACAACCAAUGUACAUAAACUGUUACAGUUCUUAGAGACCACCCUUGGUGAGAGAGCAAAACAUGGAACUUUUCAUGUUUCUCAAGCUAUUCUUACUCCAAGGGUCAAAACUAUUGCACGGAAUCUCAUCCGGGGCCUGAAAAACACACUUGUUCACAGGAAUCUCCCUUUGAUACUGAACUGGGUGAAGUCACAGAAACCAGGCAUCAUGGGUGUUAACAUAAUUACAUCAGACUUCGUGGAGCUGGUUGACUUUGCAGCUUCUGUGAUUGCAUUAAAUGAUCUCCUGUUAGAAGAAGGAAAGAGCUAA